AUGCUAAUGCCAACAGUAGGACUUGAUGAGCUCCUGUUCGACGCCGCUUGGCCCGGUGUUGAAAGGGACAGGACCUUAAAGAUCUUGGUUUUGAUAUAUCCCGCUCACAGCUGGCUAUUGGCUCAGCACAGGACAGCUGAGGAUUUCGAUGGAGAAAGUCUCGGAUUCUUCGGAUCAAUGGAUAACAACAAUGAAACAACAAUGAAGUCUAUCGUGAUCCAACACGUAUUUGUGCUGUGCUGUCUGAUAGGUUCCGAUACCAGGGUUGUAGUGGCCUGA